GAGCCGCCACGACGCUCCUUGACUCGCCGUGACCCAUCGUGAUCCGCUGUGAUCCUCCUUAAACCGCCGUGACCCACUGUCACCCAUCGUGACCCGCCGUAACUCUGGGGUUGUUUGCUGCUUGCUGCCCGAGCCUGGGCGUCCCCGUGGGGUCGGGUGACAGCGCACGGGUUUGGGACGACAACCCGGGCUCCUCAUCGCGGCCGGAAUCCAGGCGGCUGCAGAGCGAGGUCUGCGGAUUCGGGGGUGGAACCCCGGGAGGGAAGGGGAGCCGAGAGAGACGCCGCAGCGUGAGCCCGCCAGGCCCCAGCGCCCACGAGGCUCCCCCUGACGCCGUGGGCAGCCCGCGCGGCGCUGCCUUCCGGCCCUCAUCUCGUGUGCUCCAGCCGCCCCAAGCAGGGCCUGGGCCCAGGGCCCGGCGGGCUAAGGAAGCUGCGGCUCCGCACCUCCCCUGGGGACCCUCCAGCGCUCGGCCGGCGGGAGAGACGGCGCUUCCCAAGCGGCUUUGCGGCCGCGGACUCCAAGUCCCAGCAGCGCCCGGGACGCUGCGCGUCCCCGGGACUCCAUUUCCCAGAGUGCCCCGCCCCAGCUCCCCCACCCCGACCCCGCCCCCCACCUGGCGUCGCGCGUACUCGGAGCACACCCAGCCGGAAGCCGCUGUCGGGGAGCCGGCGGUGGGGCUGGACGCAGGUGCAACUGACAUGGGUGAACCCCAGGGGUCCAUGCGGAUUCUAGUGACAGGGGGCUCUGGGCUGGUAGGCAAAGCCAUCCAGAAGGUGGUAGCAGAUGGAGCUGGACUUCCUGGAGAAGACUGGGUGUUUGUCUCCUCCAAAGAUGCCGAUCUCACGGAUGCAGCACAGACCCGCGCCCUGUUUGAGAAGGUCCGACCCACGCAUGUCAUCCAUCUUGCUGCAAUGGUGGGGGGCCUGUUCCGGAAUAUCAAAUACAAUUUGGACUUCUGGAGAAACAAUGUGCACAUCAACGACAACGUCCUGCACUCGGCCUUCGAGGUGGGCGCCUGCAAGGUGGUGUCCUGCCUGUCCACCUGUAUCUUCCCUGACAAGACGACCUACCCGAUAGACGAGACCAUGAUCCACAAUGGGCCGCCCCACAGCAGCAAUUUUGGGUACUCGUAUGCCAAGAGGAUGAUCGACGUGCAGAACAGGGCCUACUUCCAGCAGUACGGCUGCACCUUCACCGCUGUCAUCCCCACCAACGUCUUUGGGCCCCAUGACAACUUCAACAUCGAGGAUGGCCAUGUGCUGCCUGGCCUCAUCCACAAGGUGCACCUGGCCAAGAGCAGCGGCUCGGCCCUGACGGUGUGGGGUACCGGGAAGCCGCGGCGGCAGUUCAUAUACUCACUGGACCUGGCCCAGCUCUUUAUCUGGGUCCUGCGGGAGUACAAUGAAGUGGAGCCCAUCAUACUUUCAGUGGGCGAGGAAGAUGAGGUCUCCAUCAAAGAGGCAGCCGAGGCGGUGGUGGAGGCCAUGGACUUCCAUGGGGAGGUCACCUUUGAUACAACCAAGUCGGAUGGGCAGUUUAAGAAGACAGCCAGUAACAGCAAGCUGAGGACCUACCUGCCCGACUUCCGGUUCACACCUUUCAAGCAGGGUGAGCCCCGACCCCACAGCCCUCCACUUGGUGGCCCGCACACCUGCUGGCCUGCCCCAGCCUCUCCUUCAUGCUCCCUACCAGGGCAGAGCGGUGAAGGAGACCUGUGCUUGGUUCACUGACAACUACGAGCAGGCCCGGAAAUGAAGCUGGAAGGCAGGAGCAGGUGCCGGCGGACCAUCGGCUGGCAGAGCCACCACCCAUCAACCCUGCCAGGAGCUGAGGGCACCACCUGGGCCCACAUUCUGUCCGCUCUACAGCCCCAAGCAUCUAUCCAGUGGGGCCCCCAUUCACAUCAGUCCUCAGGGAAACCAGGGCCCGGGCAGGCCCGGUGCUUUGCUCCCCACACUGGCCCCCGGCCUUGCGCGUGUCCACUCUGAUCCUGUGUCCCACUCCCUGGGAGCCAAUAAACUGCUUUUUCACAGGCC